GACACGGACUAAACUUUAGCUUGAGGAAACCAAACGCUCCCUUAGUCGUUCAUCCAUGCCAUGCCUAUAUGUAGUGCCCAACAGGUCAUUUCUCAAGCAUGGCUUAGGAAGCAAAAACUAGAGCAGGUCAGCAUGAGUCUCGAAAUGGCAUGUUUACCUGUGUUCAAAGGUUUGAACAGAGUUCCCUGCAAUAAAAAAAUAAAAAAAAUUGAACAGAGUCUGGAUUGAGUAGCGGCAUUAGAAAUUGAUGUAAAGAAUAUACGAUGUGCAUGCUGACGCUGAAAAAACAAUACAGUCCAGUGCCUGACUGCUAGGACGCGGUCUCUCCCUCGGCGUUCCCUUUCGCGAAAGCAACGAACCGAACCAACGGCUCGCUGGGGGAGCCGGGGAGGCGACGCCGGCGGCGGGACCAUCCACUCCGGCCUUCUGCCGCCUCAUCCCACCAGAAGCUCGUUGAUCGGGGCAUGUCGCACGGGGCGAGGCCUGCCGGCCGCACGUGCCUUCAAUUGGAGCGGAUCAUCGGAGAGCGCUACCGCUCCGGAAGCCUCGGCCGGGAGGACGCGCUCAACCUGUUCGAUGAAUUGCUUCCUCAAGCCAGGCCCGCCUCGGUGUAUGCCUUCAAUCAGCUCCUGACCGCCGUCGCUCGCGCGGACUCGUCGUCGUCAGUGCGCGACGGUGCCGCGCUCGCUGUAUCCUUUUACGGCCGCAUGGCCAGGGCCGGGGUCCAUAAGGUGGCCUGCGACAUUUGGACCUUUGGCAUCAUCAUCCGCUGCUUCAGCCAAGUAGGCCGCGUGGACCUCGGCUUAUCUGCCUUUGGCCAAGUCAUCAAGAUGGGAUGGAUGGUGAAUGUCAUCGCCCUCAAUCAGCUGGUCAAGGGUCUCUGUGACAACAAUAGGACGAGCGACGCAAUGGACAUGGUGCUCAGACGAAUGCAGGAGCUCGGAUGCACACCUGACGUUUUAUCCUACAACACUCUUAUGAAGGGGCUCUGCACCGAAAAGAAGAGUCAGAAGGCUCUCGAGCUGCUUCACAUGAUGGCUGAUGAUGGAUACAACUGCCCACCUGAUGUGGUGUCAUAUAGCACUGUCAUUGAUGGCUUCUUUAAAGAGGGUAAACUGGGGCAAACUUACAUCCUGUUUCAAGAAAUGUUGGGUCAGGGGAUUUCACCAAAUGUUAUAACAUUCAACUCAAUCAUUGAUGCCAUGUGCAAGGCUCAAGCAAUGGACAAGGCUGAGGCAGUUCUACGACACAUGUUUGAUAGUGGUGUUACGCCGAAUAGUGCCACCUAUAAUAGUCUGAUACACGGAUACUGCUCUGUAGGACAGUUGAAAGAGGCGGUGAGACUGCUCAAAGAGAUGUCCGGAAGUGGCCGUGAACCAAACGCUAUCACUUAUAAUUUGUUGAUGGACUAUCUUUGUAAGACUGGAAAAUGCACAGAAGCUAGGAAGAUUUUUGAUUUGAUGGUCCGGAGGGGUCAAAAACCAAACGUUACUACCUACAACAUUAUGCUUCAUGGGUACGCUACCAAAGGAGCUCUUGUUGAUAUGCACAAUCUCCUCGAUUUGAUGGUUCGAGACGGUAUUCAACUUGGUCAUCAUGUCUUCAACAUAGUAAUAUGUGCGUACGGUAAACAUGAAAUGGUGGAUAAGGCAAUGGCUGCGUUUACAAAAAUGCGACAGAAUGGUCUGGAGCCAAAUAUAGUCAGCUACAGCACGGUAAUUGACAUACUUUGCAAGACAGGCAGAGUAGAGGAUGCUAUGUCCCAAUUCAAUCAGUUGGUCGCUGAAGGAUUGUCUCCUAACAUCGUAGUUUUAACCUCGCUAAUUCAUGGUCUCUGUAGCAUUGGUGAAUGGAAGAAGGCUGAGGAUCUAGCCUUUGAAAUGGUCAAUAGAGGUAUCCAUCCCAAUGCCGUGUUCCUGAAUACAAUAAUGGACAACCUGUGCAAAGAUGGAAGGGUUAUGGAAGCACAGAAUUUCUUUGAUCAGAUGGUACACACAGGUGUGAAACCGACUGUUGUUUCUUUUACUAUACUGAUAGAUGGAUAUUGCUUAGAUGGAAAUAUGGAUGAAGCAAUUGAGCAACUUGCUGGUAUGGACUCAAUUGGCUUGAGACCUGGUGUUUUUACUUAUAAUGCUUUGCUUAAUGGUUACUGUAAGAACCGAAGGAUAGAUGAUGGGCUUGCUCUUUUCAGAGAAAUGUGCAGCAAGGAUAUUAAACCUAAUUCUAUUACAUAUAACAUAAUAUUGCAAGGAUUAUUUCAAGCUGGAAGGACUUCUGCUGCAAGGGAACUCUAUGACAGAAUGGUUGAAAGUGGAACACAGUUGAAAAUGGACACAUACAGAAUUGUUCUUGGAGGUCUCUGUCAUAAUAGGUGUAUUGAUGAAGCGAUGAGAAUGUUUCAGAUCCUGUGUCCAAAAGAACUUGAUGUUAGUAUUUUCAAUAUAAUGAUUCGUGCCUUGCUGAAAGUUGGCAGGAUUGACGAAGCAAAGGGCCUGUUUUCUGCUAUCUCGUCCAAUGGUCUAGUACCUAAUAUAGUAUCCUACAGCUUAAUGAUACAAAGUCAUAUAGAAGAAGGGUUGCUAGAAGAGUCCGAUGAUCUGUUUCGGUCUAUGGAGAAAAAUGGAUGUCCUGCCAACUCACGGACGCUAAAUGCUGUAGUUAGAAGGCUACUUCAGAAAGGGGAGGUGCAAAGGGCUGGGGCCUACCUCACCAAAAUUGAUGAGAAGGACUUCUCCCUUGAAGCUUCCACAGCCAAGUUGCUGUUUUCUAUUCUUUCAGAGGGGAAAUAUCAGAAACAAGUUAAGUUUCUUCCUGAAAAAUUCCAUUCUGUUUUGGAACCCAGAGUCCUGAGAUGAUUGAGAUCUUCUCCCAGUUAUAUGGGUGCUAACUAUAGAUUACAGACUGCUAACUGAGAGUUGAUGUUCUCUUUUAUGCAAAGCUUUUAUUUGCAGUGUAUGCAGGUUACCUCUUGCAACCUUUCUCAGGUAAAAUUGCAUCUGAACUCCAGAGAUGCUUUACCCUUCCUACAUCUGAUUUUCAUUUUGUCAAGUUUCAAGAUAUCAUGAACCGAGUUUUGAUCGGCAUCAGAACUCCAAGAUCGGGUUUGAUUGAUUUGGGAAUGGACUCGUUAGUCGUUGUAAUCAGUAUUAUGAUUGAGUUACCAUAUAUCAGAUAUUCAAUAACCAUUAUUUCAGUUUAAA